GUGAAGGAAAUUGCAGGAAGCUUUAUGUGAAUUCAUUCUUGUUGUGAGGUUUGACUCACACUUUAUCUCUCUCUUUCUAUCAUUCUUUCUGUUGUUUUUUUUUUGCUCUGAUUUAUUCUAGAGUUAUGCCGGUAGAGGUGGAGCGGAAGUUUGUGUGUGACACACACAUCCUAGAGAAACUGAAAGAGAUUGGAGCUGUUUGUUUGGGUCAGUAUGAGUUUAAAGAUCAGUACUUCGACUCGACAGACUUCACGUUAACCCUAAAAGAUUUCUGGCUGAGAAAGCGAGAAGGAUCCUGGGAGCUAAAACGGUCAACGUCAUCGCAUUCGAACGCUGAUAAAAGAGCGCAGGGUGGGUGCACUAAAUACAGAGAGAUUACAGAUAUGCUUCAGAUCAGAGCUGAACUCAUGGAAGUUUACGUAGACCCCACAUCGGACUCCUUCCAGACAGAACGAGGUAAAGACGUUCACGAGUUUGAGAAAUGGCUGCAGGAAAUGAAGCUGGAGUGUUUCGCAGAGUUCACCACGCAGCGGUGUUCUUAUGCGCUAGAGUACGACGAGGGCCACGGAAAAGUCCGGGUCGAUCUGGAUCGGGCCGAUUUCGGCUACUGCGUGGGAGAGAUUGAAGUUCUUGUUGCAGAAGGGAACGAGAUGAAGUCUGCGAUGCAGAGUAUCGAGAAGACGGCUGAAAUAUUAGGGAUCAGCGGUGAGCAGAAGACUCGGGGAAAAAUGGAGGUCUAUCUUCAGCGAUUUCGCCCAGAUCACUACACAGAACUCCUUAAGGCUCAUGUCAUGUGAAAUAAUUGUAACGAACAUGCAUUUUGUUUAUUAACAUUAUUUGAUCAUCAGUAAUUCAAUAUCUGUAUCGAGACGGUAUAUACCGUAGAGCCGAGGGAGUUCAAGGGGGAAGGUCUUCAUUAUUCCAUGAAUUUCAUUUGAUUCAGAAUAUCAAACUUCUAGUUUGUCGCAUUUUAUUAAACAUCACAAAAACA